GAUGUAGCUAAGUCAGUAUUGACGUUUUGGUUUUAGAAUUGCUCGACUACUAUUUCAUCAUCCAGUGGGUCGACGAAAGAGUGCUCACAAUUUCUUGCAAAUCCGGCGAGCAUGCUCAACACCAAAGAAUUCAACGCCCUCGAUCUGGCGCAACCGACCAACUUCAAUGCUAUGAUGAAGAGUGGCGAGUUGCUUUGGGGAACCACCUGUCGAAUCCCUAGCGAGGAGUCUGCCCGCAUUUUGGCCUCUCUCCCACACCAAUUCUGCUUCAUAGACAGCGUUCUAAUAUCUGCAUUCGAUUCGGAACAGGAACACACUCCUAUUGGUCCUACGGAGCUUGCUCGUCUCAUUCGAGCAAUACAAUAUUUUUCAUGCGGGUCUAUGGUUCCGCUUGUCCGCGUCCCAGCCAACAGCCCUGAUCUGAUCACAUACGCCCUUAAUGCUGGUGCAGGAGGAGUUAUAAAACCACAUAUUCAAAAUGCCACCGAAGCGCGUGAGUUUGCAAAACUUGCGCGUUUCCCGCCUCACGGUAUAAGGAGCUUUCCACCUGGUGCCUUUGUCGGGGAUCAGGCGCGCGCGCCACCUGGUAAGUCUGUUUACGACGUCUGGAACGAGCAUAUCGCGGUCAUCUGUCAGAUAGAAGAUGUAGAGGGGGUGAGGAAUAUAGACGAGAUCGCUGGAGUAGCCGGAGUGGACGCGCUCAUGGUUGGCGCAAGCGACCUUCGAUUUUCACUUGGAUUGGAAGCUGGGAGUCCAGACGGAGAUGAAGAGUGCUUCGUGCAGAGCCUGUCGAAAAUUCAGAGAGCCGCCAAGAGACAUGGACUACCAGUUCUCGGAUUUGGAACAUCUCCCGAGGUGUUGCGGAAACGCAUCGCACUCGGCUGGACAGCGUUCGUGAUCCACAGUGAUGUGGCAGGCCUGUUCCAGUCGGGGAUACAGAGCUUGGAGACGUUCAGCGGUGCAGCCUUGAAGUUGAAACAGGUGGUGACGAAGAGUGGACUUGUCACCAAUGGUGAGGUGAGGACGUUGAGUACGGAUAGUCUUAUGAAUAAGCCAGAUGAAUAA